AUGUCACAGCAGCGAGGAGCUUGCAGUUCACUACGUACAUAUAUAAGCUCAGCGUUGAUGGCUACAUUCUGGACCUAUGAUUAUGCAUGUUCACUUCAUGAAGAGUGGACAUUUUUGCUUCGAUCGCACUGGACCAAGGUGAAAGGCCUGUAUAUUGUCACACGAUACCUCCCCUUUAUCAUGCUCGCCAUGAAUCUAUGUGUGAGCUUUACCCCGAAUGAGAACCCAGAAAUCCGGGGCGUUGGAUCGUACAAGUUCAGGGUUCAGCAUGCUAUUAGCCGUUUGCUCCGAUUGUAUCUCUCCUACCUCCUUGAGAUAUGUUUUUUCAUCCUCAGAACAUAUGCGCUCUGGAACAAAAAUAGAAUUUUGCUCAUAGCCGUGCUAUCUACCUUUUUCAUGCGACUAGCCCGAUCCCGGGAAUUAUGGGGUGCUACUGGAGUUCGACCAGUUAUUGGCUCUUCCUACCUUUUCUUUUCUUUUGCAUUUUCGAACUGGAACUGGCGGACAAACCCAAGCCAUCUGUACGUUGUCCUGGUGAACCAUAACAUAUCCUAUUAUGCAUGCGGUUUUUUGUUCUCGGUAACGAACGUCUUCACAUCACUGCUCCUCAAGUUCAUCAUCCUUGCUAUCCUCGCCACGCGCAUGCACCUUCAUCUCUGGCAGACGGACCGACAUCCACACGGCUCUAGCACCCUCGCGAGUAUUCCAAUGUCCGAGAUGCUAUCUGUAAAUUCUACGGUGUGA